GUUCACCAAACUGUGAUCAAGACCGAACUGUGAGAAACUUGAAUCUUUACAUCUUUUAUUGGGGUUUGUGAUGUUGCAGGCGGGAGGCAGAACAACUUCAAGCACUGCGGUCUGCUGUCAGGCUGGAGCUACAAGAGUUGGAGCUGCAGUUGGAAGAUCGUCUGCUCUCCCUGAAUGAACAGAUGCGCAGCAGCUCGCAGCACAGCAACCUUUACCGUCACCACUUGGGCAUGCACAGAGGUCACAGCAUGGAAAGCCUGUCUAAUUCUUCUGCACUGCGGGCCAUGGAGCCGGUGACGGACCUCCUGAAGGAGCAAUUGUACCUUCAAUCUGAACUGGGAUAUGAGGCUGUCACACCCAGUUCAGGCCGUUCAUCGAGGGCAUCCAGCCCUGGAAGACUCAACCAGACGCUCGAGUCUUGCUCUUCUUCCCCGCAGAGAGGCAGCGUUUACCGGGCCACCAUUAAUCUCACACCCACCGUCCCUCCACAGCCUGGAAUGGAGGUUGCUCGGCCCGUUUCUCCAGAGAGAAUGGAGGAGAGCAUGACACCUGCUACCUUGGAGUUGAGCAGAGAUGAGGACGAGAUGUCACUGGAUGGUCGCAGGAGCAGGACGACAGAGGACUACAGUCCCAACGAAUGGAGGAGUAAAAGUGGAGGGAAUGGUGACCUGCAACAUCUCAUACAGGAGAUUAAAGAAAGUAUCGCACAUGAAAUCAGGCAGGAGAUUGUGAACGAGCUUCUGGCUGCUGUGUCACCGCAUAGAUCUCCUCUCCCGGCCAGGAAGCCCCCUGUGUAAGCAUCAUAACAGAGGAUGGAGGUGAAGAAGAAGUAAAUCCUGUGAAAUAGUCAAAUGAACACUGGUUAAAGCUUUGCACUGAGAACGGCCCAGCACCUCUCUCUGGUUCGGUCUGUGAAGCCCUUCCAGACUCCACUGCUUCUGGACUUUAGAGCUGCAGGGAAUCUGCUUAUGCGUUCGAGUCCAGAUUCCACAUUUGCAGUGGUUGAGAUCUUCCACUGUCCGAAUCCGCAAAGGGCACGCAGCUUAUUGUGGUAUCCGUCUGGUACAUAUUACUGCAAUGUAAUUAAUCUUUUGGGAUGUAUUUAACUAUGUGAUGCAGGUCUUGUUGGAUGUUUGCAGCGGUUGAAAAGAUUUGUGGGAGACUAAAGUUUUCUGUGUGAGUGUGUCUGUCUAGGACAUAAAUGUCUACUGUAAUCAGACUUGUUUUCUAAUUCAGCCUCUGUGAGGAACUAACUGUGCAAUACAUUUCACUUUUUUCUCUCAAACUUGAACUGACCAAUCACAACUACUGUUCUGCUCAAAUGCACACCGCUGUCUUCAUUUCCUGUUGAUGGUCUAUCACAUACUGUAUGUAUAGACACUUAAGCCUUCAAAGCACAUUCAUAAACAUACUGUCCUGUGAGAAGAAAAAGCACUAAAUACUCUUUAUAUAUAUAUAUAUAUAUAUAUGCACACACAUUAGCAUGCCCAUAAAAGAUAUUUUUAUUCUUGCAAACAGCAGUGGAUAGUCUGUCAAAUCUUCUGAUGAGGAUUUAAAGUGUUCGACUUAAUUUUCCUCAGUGUGAAUGAGUUGUUGUUUAUUUUUUUUUUUGUCUAAGCUGUAAUGAACUGUAAUACUAAUUGAUUUAUGCGACAAAGGGGACAUGUUCUCUUUCCGCUUGGGAUGCAUGAGGGAUAAUCAUAAAGAUAAUAAUAAAGAUUUAUUUAUUUUGUACA